CCGAACCUGGGCCCUCAACAACGUCGCAUUCACGUCCAGCGGCGCCGCUCAUAAUCUCAGGCCUAGAUUGAAUGAACGCAGCAGCCACGACUGCCAAAUAUAGUUAACCCCAACCAUAAACGACAGCCGUCAAUGGCUUGAACAACAAAUACCAUCCACAGCCACCAACAUCACUACCUCCAUGGCGCCCUCAGCCAUAUCUCCGAAUGCCCCAGAGGUAUCGACGGGACGGCCAGAAGCUGGACCUGCAAAGAUAUAUCCCGUCAAGGAAGCACAUUUCGAUGGCUACCAGGCGCCACAGCCAGACGGAUACAAGAAAGCACGGCAGAUUGGGAGCGACAACGUCGCGAUCGUUAUUGACAAUGGUUCAUCGGCAGUCCGCGCAGGAUGGUCAUUUGAGGACAACCCCCGGUUCUCCAUCCCACCCGUGAUGGCAAAGUAUCGAGACCGGAAGCUAGGCAAGACCUUCGCCUUCGCCGGCUCCGACGUCUACGCCGACACCACCGCACGCGGGCACAUGCGUAACGCCUUCGAAGCCGGUAGCGGCGUCGUCUGCAACUGGGACGUGAUGGAGUACGUCCUCGACUACCUCUUCCUCAAGCUCGGCAUCGACGGCCAAAACGGCGCAAUCGACAUGCCCAUAGUCAUGACCGAGACCCUCGCCAACCUACCGUACUCGCGCAAAUCCAUGAACGAGAUUCUCUUCGAGUGCUACGGCGCCCCUUCCGUCGCCUACGGCGUUGACGCGCUUUUCUCGUAUGCUCACAAUGGCGGAAAGACGGGUCUCGUCGUCUCCUCCUCCCACAGCUCCACGCACCUGAUUCCCGUGGUCGACUCGCGCGCUCAGCCCGCCCAGGCUACGCGCCUGAACUGGGGAGGGUCUCAGAGCGCAGAGUACCUGCUUAAGCUGAUCCGGCUGAAGUACCCAGGAUUCACGGGGAAGCUGAACUCUUCGCAGGCGGAGCACAUGGUUCGCGAUCACUGCUUCGUGGCGCAAGACUAUAUGAAGGAAGUCGGCGAGGUGCUCGACUGGACGGGUCUCGAGGACCGCGACGUGGUCAUCCAAUACCCGUACACCGAAGAAGUAAUCAUCCAGAAAUCCGAAGAGGAGCUCGCGCGCGCCGCCGAGAAGCGGAAAGAGUCCGGCCGCCGCCUACAGGAGCAGGCCGCCAAGAUGCGUCUCGAGAAACUGGUCCGCAAGGAGCAGGAACUCGACUACUACCGGUCCCUCCAGACGCGUCUGGCGUCCGAGAACAAGAAGGAGAGUAAACGCCUCCUCGACGCCGAGGACCUGAAGGACGAAAAUGCACUCGCGAAGACAAUCAAGGAGCUCGACCUCUCGAUUCGCAAAUCCCGGCAAAAAGAUGUCGGUGGCCCUGAAAUCGAAGAUGACGCCGAACCCCCGAAUUACGACCUCCUCGAAAUCCCCGACGAGGACCUCGAUGACGCCGGAAUCAAGCAGAAACGCCACCAACGCCUCAUGAAAUCCAACCACGAAGCCCGCGCCCGGGCCAAGGCCGAAAAAGCCGCUGAAGCCGCUCGCGUAGCUGAAAUCGCGCGUCUCGACCAGGAGCGCCGCGAGGGCGAUUUGGAGGGGUGGUUAGAGGAGCGACGCGCCGCGCGCGCUGCGCUCGUCAAGAAACUCAAAGAGCGUGAGCGCCUCAAGGCUGAUCUGGGGAAUCGCAAAUCCCUUGCCAGUCAAAUUAGGAUGAAAUCCAUCGCCGCACUCGCCUCCGACACGCCCGCCAAAAAGCGCCGUAGAGGAGGCGACGACGAUACCUUCGGCGCGGACGACGACGAUUGGGGAAUCUACCGCCAAGUCGCCAACGACGGGGAUAACUCCGAGGACGAGGAGGAGGAUCUGGGUGCUAGUCUCAAGGCCCUCGAAGCGGAGUUGCUGGAGCACGAUCCCGAUUUCACGGAACUGCAUACCCAUGAUGCGCAGAGCGAUUGGUCGACUUCCCUCAUCCACGCCUUCCUGCGCGGGCCACGCGCCUUCGACGCCGGCUCAGCGAAGGAAGGACACCAGCUCCACCUCAACGUUGAGAGGCUCCGCGUCCCGGAGGUAGUAUUCCAGCCCUCGAUCGCCGGGCUGGACCAAGCAGGCAUCGUGGAGAUCGCAGCGGAUAUCCUGAUGCAGCGUCUCGGCGGGCAGGUGGAUAUGCGGGAUGUAUUCAUGACGGGGGGAGCAACGCUGUUUCAGGGCUUUGAGGAGAGGUUGGCGAGGGAGUUGAGGGCUGUGUUGCCGGUUGAGAGACAGGUGAAGGUGAGGAGGGCGAAGGAUGCCGUAGGGGAUGCGUGGAGGGGGGCUGGGGGGUGGGUGGGGAAAGAGGGGGGGGCGGAGUGGAAGAGGGGGAGGGUUACGAGGGGGGAGUGGUUGGAGAAAGGGGGGGAUUAUAUUAAGGUUUGUCUUUUUGCUUUGCUCUCCGUCUUCUUGCCUGGAGGGGUGGAGGAUUUUGGUAUGGACAUUGGCUAACUGUGCGUGAUAGGAACACAAUUUGGGGAAUGCGUACUCGUACUCGGCUCUUUGAGGAAAAAGGGUGGAGGGAUGGAAAGGGGGGAAUGGGUCGGUUUGAUUAUUUAGCGUUUUGAUCGAAGGUGAGGGGGCGUGUGCGGGAAUGGAAACGGGAUAACAAAAAAAUAGAUGAGAGAUAGUUAGUUGCUAUGCUAUGACUUCUUUGG